AUGUGCAUAAAGAUGACAGUCUCCAUCGCUCCGGGUUUCGUCUUUUCCUGUCUCGAUUAUAUCCCUUCAUAUCUAUCUAUCUAUCUAUCUAUCUAUCUAUCUAUCUAUCUCAGUCUGCUCAUAUCUAUUCCAACUAUAUCUUCUAAUAUCUGUCCCUGUACAUAUCUACACUUUCUUUCUUUCUUUCUUUCUUUCUUUCUUUCUUUCUUUCUUUCUUUCUUUCACUAUUCCAAUCUAAUCUAUCUGACCUCAUAUAGAUUUAGAUAUUUAUGCAAAUCUGACUCUCCAUCUAUUUCUCUCCCCACUCCCUCUCUCUUUAUCACGUCCAGAAAUCUGUUGAAACCUUCAUGCAUUGCUUCCUUCCUAUCAUUGUUUUGCUUCCUUAUUUUUACCGCGGAAUCUGUCGCCAUAUUCUUUCUAUUUCUUUUCAGUCUAUCUCGUCAGUCAAUAUCUCUGGUGGCAGCCAUCGAAUUCCAAAUUCCAAAUGCAGAUGUUGUUGAGAUGCUGAAUGCGUUGCAUCAAUUGCAUUUUCUUUGGCUGCAGGUGCAAAUCGUACAGAAUCUAUGCGAAGCGGUGAUAUCGGAAUCAUUGCCAACUGGUCAGAACCUCCUCGGAUCGAUAUUUCGGAUUCUUCUUGAAUACUGUUCGGGACACCAAGUAUUUUAUUUUCUCCUUCGCCCCUCCACUCUCUCUCCCUUCUCUCUUUCUCUCUUUGAGAAAGCCUGUGGUGCCCCACUCUCUCUCUCUCUCUCUCUCUCCCUCUCUGAGAAAGCCUGUGGUGCCAGCCCCUCUCUCUCCCUCUCUCUCUCUGAAAAAGCUUGUGGUGCCAGCCCUCUCCCCCUCUCUCUCUCUGAGAAAGCCUGUGAUGCCACCUCUCUCUCUCUCUCUCCCCCCUCUCUCGCUCCCUCUCCCUCUCUCUCUCCUCCCUCUCUGAGAAAGCUUGUGGUGCCAGCCCCUCUCUCUCCCUCUCUCUCUCUGAGAAAGCUUGUGAUGCCAGCCCCUCUCUCUCCAUCUCUCUUUCUGAGAAAGCCUCUGAUGCCACCCUCUCUCUCACCCGCUCUCUUUCUCCCUCUCUCUCUCUCUGAGAAAGCCUGUGAUGCCACCCUCUCUCUCUCCCUCUCUCCCCCGCUCUCGCUCCCUCUCCCUCUCUCUCUCCCUCCCUCUCUGAGAAAGCUUGUGGUGCCAGUCCCUCUCUCUCCCUCUCUCUCUCUGAGAAAGCUUGUGAUUCCAGCCCCUCUCUCUCCAUCUCUCUUUCUGAGAAAGCCUCUGAUGCCACCCUCUCUCUCACCCGCUCUCUUUCUCCAUCUCUCUCUCUCUCUGAGAAAGCCUGUGGUGCUGAUGUUUCUAUCUAUCUAUCUAUCUAUCUAUCUAUCUAUCUAUCUAUCUAUCUAUCUAUCGGAUCUAUUCCUAUCUAUCUAUCUAUCUAUCUAUCUAUCUAUCUAUCUAUCUAUCUAUCUAUCUAUCUCAUUUGUUCAUAUCUAUCUAUCUAUCACUGUCUGUCCAUAUUCAUCUAUCUAUCUAUCUAUCUAUCUAUCUAUCUAUCUAUCUAUCUAUCUCAUUCAUUUGUUCAUAUUUAUCUAUCACUGUCUGUUCAUAUCUAUCUAUCUAUCUAUCUAUCUAUCUAUCUAUCUAUCUAUCUAUCUAUCUAUCACUGUUCAUAUCUAUCUAUCUAUCUAUCUAUCUAUCUAUCUAUCUAUCUAUCUCAUUCUCUGCAUAUGCACCUCUUUAUCUCGAGUUUGUCAUGCCCGUAAAUCAUUUAAAAAUUAA